UGACAUACUACCAAUGGGAAGUAUUAUGUUAUUUUAGAUGCUGAUGGUAGGUGUAUCAAAUUUAGGAAGUGAGAAGACUAGUCCACAUACAUAAAAAGGAGUUUCUGCAAGCUGAGUGCUCCCAUCUUUUCUCCACUUUGCUGGCAUCUAAUUCAGAUUUUGGUCGGGGCAGCAGAAAAGGUAAAUUUUGUGAUGCUGGCUGAAUAAGCAUAUAAAUUUUACUUUCACAUUUGCACUAUAAUUUGAUUCCUACUGUCUCUUUGAUUUGCCAUUUAUAUUAUAUAGUUAACCUUCAGUAGUAGUAACUUGCCACAGGAGGAGCUAACCAAUUGAUUUUGUCGAUAGCACAUUAGCAUUUGUUUUGCUUUCUCCCUUGGAUGAAUGAGAGACAUCACUUUUUGUAGCAUCAAAGGUGAGUGGCAGUGCAGGCCUAUCUAUAUAUAAUCUUUCAGUUUAUGAGCAGAGCAGUCAUUUUGUGGCAUCAAAGUUAACUAGAGACAAUGUGGGUGGAGGAGUGGAGGCCGGUAAUCGGAAUGCUGGUCUUCGAUCUCAUCUCGGCGGUGAUGACAGCGCUGGUGAAGAAGGCGCUGGAGCAAGGGCUGAACCGCCUGGUCCUCGUCACGCUCCGGCAGCUGGUGGCCACCGUCUUCCUUGCUCCGAUAGCCUAUUUCAAAGAGCGGAGCACAAGGCCCAAGCUCACAAUGGACAUCUUUGUGUACCUCUUCUUCAGCGCUGUCUUCGGCGCCGCGCUCUCGCAGUACACCUUCUUCUACGGCUUGCAGUACACCACCGCGACAUUCGCCAUAACCUUCAUCAACCUGUCUCCUGUGCUCACCUUCAUCAUCGCCGUCGUGCUGAGGAUGGAGUCCCUGAAGGUGAAGAGCAUGGCAGGAGCUGCAAAGAUCACAGGGACACUCCUGUCGCUCGCCGGCUUGCUGCUGCUGAGCCUCUACAAGGGAGUGCCACUGACGCACCAAGCCUCUGCUGCACUGAGCCCAGAAGCUGCUCACCAUGCAGCAGCAGAGGGCAGUGGCAACAAGAGCUGGAUGCUGGGCACUGCUGCAUUGCUGGCAAACUGCCUGUGCUUCUCCUUCUGGCUGCUGCUGCAGACUAGGCUGACCAAGAAGUACCCGGCCAUCUACUCCAGCACCGCCCUCAUGUUCUUCAUCAGCACGCUGCAGGGCGGGGCGCUGACAGCGGCGAUGGAGAGGCAUGUGUCGCUGUGGAUUCUGACCAGCAAGCUGGAGAUCAUCACCGUCCUGUAUGCAGGGAUAGUCGGGUCUGGAGCCGGAUACCUGAUAAUGACGUGGUGCGUGGAGAAGAAGGGCCCGGUCUUCACCGCGGCCUUCAUCCCCAUCAUCCAGAUCAUGGUAGCCAUCAUCGAUUUCUUCUUCCUCCAUGAGCAGAUCUACCUCGGAAGCGUGCUGGGAUCUGCACUGAUGAUUCUGGGACUCUAUCUUGUGCUGUGGGGAAAGAAGAGAGAUGAAGCAUCCUCAGUAUCCUGGGCUGCCAACAAGCCAGUGGAUGAAGAGGCUGACAAUAGGCAGUGAAACUGAAACUGCAAAGAUCAUAAUACACUCUUUGCUUUGGGUUAAUUACUGCAACACAAAAUACAUACACUAGUUAAUCAGUUCUCAUUUUCCUGCUGGAUGCAGCUAGCUAUAAUUUGCUGGAGUACAUGCUGUCUUGUAUCCUAGCUAGCUACUGAUUAGCAAUAUUUAGUAAAUGAUCAGAUAGCACUAGCAAAAGCAUCCUUUGCUCUACAGUAAUCUGAUUAUUUGCAUGGUAAUGGGAUAUUUUCUUAUUUGCAAAAAAAUGGGAUAUUUUCUUUCA